AGAAAAGUCUCAGUUAUCGAAGUUAUCAGCACAAGAUAGUGGAUCAGGCUUUAUAACCAGCUGUUCUAAACCUGGCGUUGUUGCGUUAACAUUUGAUGAUGGACCGGGACCAUAUACUAACAAUUUACUUGAUUAUUUAUCAUCCAAACAAAUAAAAGCAACAUUUUUUGUAGUAGGAAUUUCGAUAAAAGAAUAUCCAGAAGUAUUAAAAAAAAUAUUUAAAGAAGGUCACCAAAUAGGAAUACAUACAAAUACACAUCCACAUUUGAAUGCUUUGACACCACCAUUUGGAGAAUGUAAUGAUCGAUGUGGUAAAUUAAUGAAGUCUUUGGGCUUAACAGUAACUCAAUGGAAUAUGGAUUCUGGUGAUUGGCGUUAUGAAAAAGAAUCAUACGAAGAUGGAAGAUUUAACUCUUUAAAUAAUAUGCUUGCUUGUUUAUCACCGUCAAAUUCAAAAAUCAAUAGUUUCAUUACGUUACAACAUGAUCAUUGUAAAUAUAGUGUUGAUGUUGUGCCAAAAGUUGUCGAAGCAUUUGAAAAAAAAGGAUACAAAUUCGAAACUGUUGCUGAAUGUUUAAGGAAUAAUGUUACACCUUAUAAAAACAAGAAUGAGAGAAAAAGCAAUACGAUGUAUAAUAUGAAGAAUAAUACGGAAAGUAAUACGAAAAGUAUUGCGAAAAGUAAUACAAAGGAUAAUACCGGUGGUAAAAAUUAUACAAUCUCUGGAUCAUCCGCUUCUAAACAUUCUGGAUCCAGUUGUAUCAUUAAUAGCAAGAAAUUUAUCAGAAUUUUGACAUUUGUUGUCAUUGUUAUUGAAAUCAUGUUGGUUUAUUAA